AGGAAGGUGGAGGCGGAGAAGGUGGAAGGGAAGGUGCAGGCGGCCGGUAAGGUGGAAGCCACCGAGAAGGUGGAGACAGCAGGGAAGGUGGACGCCACCAGGAAAGUGGAGACCUCGGAGAGACCGGGCCGCGGGGCUGAGCUCAAGCUGGAGCCGGAGCCGGAGCCCGAGCGGGAGCCCGAGCCAGAGCCGGAGCCCGAGCCAGAGCCCAAGCCGGAGCCGGAGCCCGAGCCCCAGCCCGAGCCGGAGCCCGAGCCCGAGCCGGAGCCCGAACCCGAGCCCGAGCCCGAACCGGAGCCCGAACAGGAGCGUGAGCCGGAACAGGAGCCGGAGCCCGAGCCCUUACGGAAGGCAGAGCCAGAGCCUAAGGGGGAGCACAAGCCGGAGCCGAAGGAUGAGAACCCAGCGCGGAGCGGCGGUGGCGGCAGCGGUGAUGAGGUCCCUCCCCCAACCCUUCCCUCCGAUCGGCCGCGGCCCCCUGAUCCCUCUCCGCGUCGUAGUCGUGCCCCGCGCCGCCGACCCCGGCCCCGGCCCCAGACUAGGCUCCGUACCCCACCGAAGCCUAGGCCACGGCCCCCACCCCGGCCCCGGCCCCGGCCCCGGCGCGGUCCCGGGGGCGGAUGCUUGGAUGUGGAUUUUGCUGUGGGGCCACCAGGUUGUUCCCACGUGAACAGCUUUAAGGUGGGAGAGAACUGGAGGCAGGAAUUGCGGGUUAUCUACCAGUGCUUCGUGUGGUGUGGAACCCCAGAGACCAGGAAAAGCAAAGCAAAGUCGUGCAUCUGCCAUGUGUGCGGCACUCAUUUAAACAGACUCCACUCUUGCCUCUCCUGUGUCUUCUUUGGCUGCUUCACAGAGAAACACAUCCACGAGCACGCUGAGACAAAACAGCACAACUUAGCGGUUGAUCUUUAUUAUGGAGGUAUAUACUGCUUCAUGUGUAAAGACUAUGUGUAUGACAAAGACAUUGAGCAAAUUGCCAAAGAAGAGCAAGGUGAAGCCUUGAAAUUACAAGCCUCCACCUCAACGGAGGUUUCUCAGCAGCAGUGUUCAGUGCCCGGCCUUGGUGAGAAAUAUCCCACCUGGGGAACGACCAAACCUGAGUUAGAACUGCUGGGGCACAACCCACGGAGAAGAAGAAUCGCCUCCAGCUUUACCAUUGGCUUACGAGGACUAAUUAAUCUUGGCAACACAUGCUUUAUGAACUGCAUUGUCCAGGCCCUGACACACACUCCAAUACUGAGAGAUUUCUUUCUCUCUGACAGGCAUCGGUGUGAAAUGCCCAGCCCUGAGUUAUGUCUGGUCUGUGAGAUGUCUUCGCUCUUUCGGGAGCUAUAUUCUGGGAACCCAUCUCCUCAUGUUCCCUAUAAGUUACUGCACCUGGUGUGGAUACACGCACGCCAUUUAGCAGGGUACAGGCAACAGGAUGCCCACGAGUUCCUCAUCGCUGCACUAGAUGUCCUGCACAGGCACUGCAAAGGCGAUGAUGUUGGCAAGGUGGCCAGCAAUCCCAACCACUGUAACUGCAUCAUAGACCAAAUCUUCACAGGUGGCCUGCAGUCCGAUGUCACCUGUCAAACUUGCCAUGGUGUCUCUACCACUAUAGACCCAUGCUGGGACAUUAGUCUGGACUUGCCUGGAUCUUGCACAUCCUUCUGGCCCAUGAGUCCAGGGAGAGAGAGCAGUGUGAAUGGGGAAAGCCACAUACCAGGCAUUACUACCCUCACGGACUGCUUGCGAAGGUUUACAAGGCCAGAGCACUUAGGAAGUAGUGCCAAAAUUAAAUGUGGUGGUUGUCAAAGCUACCAAGAAUCUACCAAACAGCUCACCAUGAAGAAGUUGCCAGUUGUUGCCUGCUUUCAUUUCAAACGGUUUGAACACUCAGCCAAACAGAGGCGAAAGAUCACUACAUAUAUUUCCUUUCCCCUGGAGCUGGAUAUGACACCAUUUAUGGCGUCAAGUAAGGAGACCCGAAUGAAUGGACAGUUGCAGCUGCCAACCAAUAGCGGGAACAACGAGAAUAAGUAUUCUUUGUUUGCUGUGGUUAAUCACCAAGGAACUUUGGAGAGUGGCCACUACACCAGCUUCAUUCGGCACCACAGGGACCAGUGGUUCAAGUGUGAUGAUGCCGUCAUCACCAAGGCCAGUAUUAAGGAUGUGCUGGACAGUGAAGGGUAUUUACUGUUCUAUCACAAACAGGUCCUGGAACAUGAGUCAGAAAAGGUGAAAGAAGUGAAUACACAAGCCUACUGAAGCAACACGCAGGCCUACCUGUAAUGGAAGAUGAUGACACUUGUACUACAGCGGGCAACAAGAUUUAAUUGAUCUACUUGACUGAGGCCAAUGGGCCUUACAGAGUAAGAAUUUAAUAGUACCCAGUGUCCAAAAGGUCCUGAUCGGAAGAGAAAUAGGAGGGGAGGGAAAAGAGGCUCUAGUCUAAGCAGUCAUGUGAAGGAAAUGAAGUGGCAGGAAUGUUCUGUGUGGUGAAGGCAGAGCUGGGAAAUUGUGACACUGGUUCAUAUCCUAUAUUCCUCCAAAAGGUUGUGUGGGAAGGUGUAGGGGGGAGGGGGUAGUGUUGGGGUGUGUGUGUGCCCUUGUAACCGUAAAACAUCUCCAUGGGUGUUUCAGCUUCAAUUGACCAGUCACGUAACAGUUACACCGUUUGUGGGAGGAAAAAGAAAAAGUUGAUUAAAAUGUACAUGGGGAUGAAAGCAGAAAAGUGGAGGAGGCAGGGAUAUCUCAUUGACAAACACCUUUGCCAGUUUCUUUGUAUUCAUGACUUUUGUGCUAUUAAAUGCAGUAUUAAAAAAGAAAACCCACAUGGGCUAGUGAAGAGAUAAGAAAUAAGGGGCUUGUGGAAGGGGAGCAAGUGCUCCAAAAGUAGAGAAGGCUAGAAAUGCUGUAAGAUAAGCAGUUAGCAAGGAAAGGCCUCAGCUCACAGUGUAGUGUGUAUGUGUGUGUGUGUGUUUUAAAAAAAAAAGCUGUAUGAUAUACUUGAGCAAAUCAGUGAACCUCUUUGCGAUUAUUUUCUCAUCUGUAACAUGCAGGUAAUUCCUACCUUGAAGGGUUGUUAAAGAUUACAUGAUAUAAAAUGUGUCAAAGUAAAAGUAAAAGGCUUGGAACUUUGUAGAGACUCAGUAAACAUUUGUUG